AUGAAUGACAUGGUGGCCAAGAGUUUUUGGAACACAUCGGAGGUGGGAUUUUCCUUUUCAAAUUCGUGUGGUAGAUCGGGAGGAAUGAUUACUCUUUGGAACAUUGACAAUGUGGAGGUUGUGAAUAGUUUUAAAGGAGGGGGCUUUUUGGGUAUUAAGGCUUGUUGGAAUGAUAAUUUUUAUUAUGUUAUAAAUGUGUACUCGUCUUGUGAUUUGAGUAAAAAGAUAGCUCUUUGGAACGAUUUGUUGGCUUUGAAGGAGGUUUUUAAGGAUGGAGAAUGGAUCAUAGGGGGAGAUUUUAAUGCGAUAAAAAAUGAUAGAGAAAGGAAGGGGAGGUCGAUGGUGGUCAAUAAAAAAGAGGUGGAAUUGUUUGCGGAUUUUAUCUUCAAUAGUAACUUGGUGGACAUUCCUUGUAAAGGGAGAAAUUUUUCUUGGUUUAGUGGAUAUGGGAAAUCGACGAGUAGAAUCGAUCGCUUUCUUUUAUCAAAUAUGGUGGUGAGUAAAUGGGACAUGAUCGGCCAACUUAUUGGAGAUAGGGAUAUUUCGGACCAUUGCCCAAUUUGGAUUAUGAAAUAUGCGUCUAAUUGGGGUCCAAAACCUUUUAGAUUCAAAAACGAAUGGUUCUCGUUCAAUUCUUUUGUUCCUUUUAUGGAAAAAGAGUGGAAAGGAUUGAAGGUAGAAGGAAGAGGGGAUUUUGUUUUGAAAGAGAAGCUUAGACUUUUAAAGGAUAAACUCAAAAAGUGGAAUAUCGAGGUGUUCGGGAGGAUAGAGUUAGACAUGGAAGAAGGGGUGCGUGUUAUGAAUUUAGCGGAUGAGAGAUUGGCAACAUUUUCUUCUUCUUUCGAUGAGGUUCUUGAUAUGAGGAGGGAAGCUUGUAGUAAAUUUUGGAGGAAUUUGAGAAUCAAAGAAAAUAUGCUUAUUCAAAAAUCUAGAUCGACUUGGAUGAAAAAGGGUGAUGCGAAUAAUGGGUUUUUUCAUAAAGUAAUGAAUUAA